CUCUCUCUCUCUCUCUGGUAUAUCUUUGAAGGCUCUCCUCCGCUCCACCGCACCGGCGCGCCGUAUAGCCACCGUGCGACGCUCGGGGCGGCUGGGGAGCCGGAGACGAAGCACAGUAGUCGUAAAGAGAGAGUGGGAGAGCGGGAAGAGAGAUGGGGCAAAGGUUGAGUUGCACUCGAUCAAGCCGUGAGCAUGAGUUCUUUAGCGCCGUGCAGUCUGGCGACGUAGAGCUAGUUGAGCUUUGUCUUCGUCGUGAUCCGGCUAUGUUCAAUCAGACUACCAUAUACGACCGCCUCUCUUCCCUCCAUAUCGCCGCUGCCAAUGGCCGCCUCGAGGUUCUUUCUAUAAUUUUAGAGCGGUCUGUGAAUCCUGACCUUUUGAAUCGUCACAAACAAACCCCAUUGAUGUUGGCUGCAAUGCAUGGGAAGUUGGCAUGUGUGCAGAGGCUACUCCAAGCUGGAGCAAAUAUCUUGAUGUUUGACUCACUGCAUGGGAGGACUUGCUUGCAUUUUGCUGCUUAUUAUGGCCAUUACGAUUGCUUGCAAGCCAUUCUGGAUGCUGCCCAUUCCACACCUGUGGCUGAUUCCUGGGGAUUUGCCCGUUUUGUGAAUGUUAGAGAUGGCAAUGGGGCAACACCGUUGCACCUUGCAUCUAGGCAUAAACGGCCGGAGUGUGUUCACAUUCUACUUGACAAUGGAGCUCUUGUUUGUGCUUCAACGGGUGGAUAUGGAUGUCCGGGGAGCACUCCACUACAUUUAGCAGCUCGUGGAGGAUCUUUGGAUUGUGUCAGAGCGCUUUUAGCAUGGGGAGCUGAUCGGCUCCAGAGAGAUUCAUCUGGGAGAAUACCAUUCAUGGUUGCUUUGAAAAGAAAUCACGGAGCAUGUGCGGCUCUGCUUAACCCGGCAUCGGCUGAGCCUCUGGUUUGGCCUUCUCCGUUGAAGUUUAUCAGUGAGCUCGAACCGGAAGCGAAGCUUCUGCUCGAGGCGGCUCUAAUGGAGGCUAAUAAGGAAAGGGAGAAAAAUAUUUUGAAGGGGACAGCGUAUUCCUUGCCGUCUCCCUUGAAUUCAGAAGACGGAAUGGAUGAUAAUGUCUCUGAGAUGAGUGAGUCUGAGCUCUGCUGCAUAUGCUUCGAUCAAGUCUGCACCAUCGAGGUCCAAGACUGCGGGCACCAAAUGUGUGCACACUGCACACUGGCUCUCUGCUGCCAUAACAAGCCUAAUCCUUCCUCAUUAUGCAUGUCUACGCCUGUUUGCCCCUUUUGCCGCAGCAACAUUGCUAGAUUGGUGGUAGUGAAGACCAAGGCCGAAGAUGAUAGCGAAAAGGAUGCACCGUCGAAGAUAAGAAAGUUAAGACGGUCAUGCAACCACAGUGAGGGAAGCAGCAGUUUCAAGGGCCUCACGGCCUUUGGUUCUUUCGGAAUGAUGAGUGGCCGUGGCUCAGGACGGAGAGCGAGUACUAGUGAAAUCAUGGACAAGCCUUAAUAGAUAUUCGAUUAUUAAAAUAUUGAUCAAGAGAUUUUGUGCAUCGUUGGUUGUGUUUUGAGUUUGGGAUUGCAAGAGCAUCAGAGAAAAAAACAGACAACCAUUUGAAGACCUGUCUUAUCUCCUCUGUAAACAACCUAGUAAGUGUGAAUGAUAGAGUUGAUGUUAUAAUGCAGUUAAAGAAAAAAAAAAGAAAAGAAAAAAACAAUGGCUGCUGUUGGAUAUCAUGUGAGCUUUGAAAUAAUUGAACAUGGGGGCUCCUCCAUUGUUUUGUAUUUCCUUUGAAAGUACUGCAUGGCUCUUGUCUUAGUCUAUUUGACCCUUUAACAUUGUGGGACC